GGCUGUGAUUGGUUGAAAUAUCCGGUAACCGGAAAAACGUUUCGGGAGAGGGACAUUUCAAAUCUGUUGAGAGAGGCGCACUCGUCUGCGGCUAAGCGUAGUUUCUGAAAACAAACAAUGCAGAGACCGGGCAAAGGAAGGACUCCUCGGAGGCCGGCCCUCAAAAAGCCAUCCAGUGUAGAGAAGGACCCUGUUGGAGUAUACUGCAGAAUACGUCCACUUGGAGCAGAAGAUGAGGAAUGUUGUGUUGAGAUGAUCAGUAACUCCACCAUCCAGCUACACGCUCCUGAUGGCCUUAAAGCAAACCGCAAUGGAGAGUACAAAGAGACACAGUACUCAUUUAAGAAAGUAUUUGGUAUAAAUACAAGUCAAAUUGAGCUGUUUGAGGAUGUUGCGAAGCCACUGGUAGAGGACCUCAUUCACUGUAAGAACGGACUGCUGUUCACAUAUGGUGUAACUGGAAGUGGGAAGACGUUCACCAUGACUGGCUCACCUGGAGAGGGAGGACUCCUCCCUCGAUCUCUAGACAUGAUCUUCAACAGCAUUGGCCCCUUUCAGGCCAAAAGAUUUGUGUUCAAACCAGAUGAAAAAAAUGGGAUGGAGAUCCAGAGUCAAGUUGACGCUCUCCUGGAGAGACAGAAGAAGGACAGUCAGCAGUCUGUGCCCAAAACCCCAUCCUCCCGGCAUAAGGCGGAUCCUGAGUUUGCAGAUAUGAUCAGCUCAGAGGAGGCUUGUAAAUCUGAGAGUGUGGAUGAAGACUGCUGUUACAGCGUCUUUGUGUCCUACAUUGAGGUCUACAACAACUAUAUCUAUGAUCUCCUCGAAGAUGCUCCAUUCGACCCCAUCAGGCCUAAACCACCUCAGUCGAAGAUUCUCCGUGAAGAUCAGAAUCAUAACAUGUACGUGGCGGGCUGCACAGAGGUCGAAGUGAAAUCUACAGAGGAGGCUUUUGAAGUCUUUUGGAAAGGACAAAAGAAAAGGAGGAUUGCCAAUACCCAACUAAACCGUGAAUCCAGUCGCUCCCACAGUGUGUUCACACUGAAGCUGGCCCAGGCUCCACUUGAUGCUGAUGGAGACCACAUUCUGCAGGACAAAAACCAAGUGAAUGUAAGCCAGCUGUGUCUGGUUGACCUGGCAGGCAGUGAACGCACCAGCAGAACCCGAGCAGAGGGAAGCCGUCUCCGUGAAGCAGGCAACAUUAACCAGUCCUUGAUGACACUGCGCACAUGUAUGGAAGUCCUGCGUGAAAACCAGAUGUGUGGAACCAGUAAGAUGGUGCCAUACAGAGACUCUAAAGUUACACAUCUGUUCAAAAACUACUUUGAUGGAGAAGGGAAGGUCAGGAUGAUCGUGUGUGUCAACCCAAAGGCUGAUGAUUAUGAUGAAACUAUGCUGGUGAUGCGUUUUGCUGAGAUGACGCAGGAAGUCGAGAUUGCACGGCCUGUUGACCGGCCUAUCUGUGGCCUUGCUGCAGGACGAAGACACAGAAACCAAGCCUUCAGAGAUGAGCUGUCACGUCGUCUGGAAGAGAGAGGUGGUCCUAUUAAUGCCGAUGAUCCUGGUUUGCUGAGUCAGCUAAUAGAAAGCCUUCCAGCCCUGCCUCCCUGUGAGCUGGUCGACCCAGCUGAUGAUCAGAUGUUGCCCCGGCUGAUUGAAGCCCUUGAAAGGAGGCAACGUAUACGUCAGUUGCUGACGGAGCAGUUCAGCAAAACUGCUACUACACUGAAGUCCAUGAUUCACCAGUUUGACAGCCAGCUCAAUUCAAAGGAUACCUUCCUUCAUGAUCAACGAAGCAAACUGAGUGAGAAAGACAAGGUCAUCCUCAACCAGAAAGCGGAGUUAGAAAGACUGGAAAAAAAAUCCAAAACAUUGGAAUAUAAGGUCGAUAUCUUGCAGAAGACUACGGACAUGUAUGAGCAUGAUAAGCGCUCCCUUCAGAAUGAGCUGGAGACCCGCGAGCAGAGGCUGCAGAGAGAGCUGUCAGAGAGGAGACGCAUGGAGCAGCGCAUGCAGGGUGUGGUGACAGACACCAAACUCAAGUGGGAGAAGGAGUGUGAGAGGCGAGUGAACGCCAAGCAGCUGGAGAUGCAGAACAAGCUGUGGGUGAAAGAUGAAAAGCUGAAGCAGCUCAAAGCCAUCGUGACGGAGAGCAGCAGCAGUGGCGGCUUUUCUGUUGAGCGGCCGGAGAAACCUGAGAGGCCCUCGAGGGAGAGAGAUCGCAGCAUGGCCCGUAAGAGGUCUGCCUCCCCAUCGCCACUUCCUGACGUCAGCCAAACUCUUACCAACCAAAAUCGAGCCAAUGUUAGGGCAGUUCAGGAUCCCUCCCCCACCUCCAGCAGCUCCUCUUCAUCAUACCUCUCAGUAGCCUCCUGCAUAUCUGAUUGGGAGCAGAGGUUCCCUGUAGACUCAAGCAGCAGGGCUAGGCAUGCUGGAACUCCCCAGUACAGGAGCCGGACUCCCACACCCUACCAAGGCACCAGCAGCGUGGGUCGCAGGAGAGGCCAGCGCUGGGCUCCUGACUCUGAGGCCCCUGCUGCGAAUCUUGUCUAUGGGCUAGACCUAGAAGCAGGCACGAGGACGGCCCCCCCAGUUCGUCCAGUGCACAGGCGCUCACACUCUGCGGGUGGGGAGAAAUGGGUAGACCACAAACCAACUUCUAAUUUGGACCUAGACACUGUCAUGCAGCCAAUCAUACCCAAUGCAAUCACAGUGUCGACCCCCAGUGAGAGAGCUCUCUCUAAAUGCCACAAGUAUGUGCUUAGACACCAAGAGCUCGCCUCAGACGGGGAGAUCGAGACCAAAUUGAUCAAGGGCAACGUUUUUAAGACCAGAGGUGGAGGGCAAUCUGUGCAGUUCACUGACAUUGAGACACUUAGACAAGAUUGUCCAACAGCCUCAAGUCGCAAGAGGCGAUCGGGGUCUGGAGAGGGACCAGCUAACAUCGACGACAUAGAAAACAGGGCACCAGUAACAAGCACAAGUACAAUCCAUGGGUACCAAAAGCGCAGGAAGCCCUGAGUUCUUGUGUUGAACAUAUGAAGGAACUAUUUUUUUCUUUGUCUGACUGUUGGAUCAGUGAAGGGACAGCCAUGAGAGACUAUGCAUUCUUUUGAAAUUCAGAACAUUUUUCUAUCAUAUCUGAUCUUAUUGCAAAUUUUUAGAGUGCCAGUAUAACUUAAUCAAAGCUGAAAUUAUACUUUGCUGGACUAGUGUGCUUUUUCUUUUUUGAAUGCUGGCAUUAACUUAAAGACGUGGACAUAUAGAACAAUAUGAAUAUUCCUUGAAAAAUGUAACUUCAUUUUAUUGCUGCCCAAAGAAUAGAAUAUUUCAGCCCUAGAACAAUAGAAAAUGUAUAUUUUUUUAUUACUCUGUAGUGUCACUGCUUUUUGCUUUUCCGCUGCUUGUCUUUUUUCAAGGAUUAUUUAGCUCUUUGAUGCUACAUUUCACAUAUCUAUUUACAAAAAGAGUAAAGUACAUGUCACAGUUUUUUAAAGAAUAACAGUGUGUCAGACUUUAGCUGUAAAUAUAGAGCUGUAAAGUAGGUGCUGAAAUCAAUCUCUAACUGUAAAUAAGUAAAGACACUUUUUUGACUUGUUUGCUCAAACAACUCCUCAGAUGUGUAGAACACUACUCUUUUUGGUGGCAUUAAAUUUAUUGGAACUCAAA